CCGGGGUCGGAGCGGCUGGGACUGGAUGCAGCUUCGACUUGCCGAGCGGCUCGGGAUGGAAUCGGCGGGCCGCAGACUCGGGCCCGGCGGGGAUAGAGCCUUUGAAGAUGAAAAUAUGAAACUCCGGCAGUUAAAAUUGGAUAAUCAGCGAGCUUUGCUAGAAAAGAAGCAAAGGAAGAAGCGUCUGGAGCCCCUCAUGGUACAGCCAAACCCCGAAGCCAGACUGCGCCGGUCAAAGCCCAAAGCUUGUGAAGAGCACACCCCAUUGGUAGAGCCUCAAGCCCCACUCCGCAGCGAUGUGGUCUUGCACGGAAUUGAUGGCCCGGCUGCCUUUAUGAAACCAGAGGCUCAAGAUUUAAGAACCAAACUCCAUGUUCUCUCAGUGGGCUCUCCUACCACUGAAGAGGAGCCUGAGACAGACUUGGAUGGGGAGAAUAAUGUAGAUUCCAUCUCAAAACCAGAUCUCCAGGAACUUCUUCAAAAACGUGGCAUCUCUGACAGUUUGAACUUUGAUGAAGAGGCGACUGAUGGAGAAGAAGAAGAAGAAAAGAAAUCAAGAACUCACUCACCUAACUCAGAAUUGCAUCGACCUGGUUCUGGAUCCAGCCAGAAAUCAGUCACAGAUACAGGAGCCUCCUGUCCAGCAUCCCUUCAAGCUGAUAAUCAGCUGGGAGAAGUAGAAAAUUUAGAAGAUUUUGCAUUUCGUCCUGCUCCUCGGGGGAUUACAGUGAAAUGUCGGAUCACCAGGGAUAAAAAGGGAAUGGACAGGGGCCUCUAUCCUACCUAUUACAUGCAUUUGGAAAGAGAUGAAAAUCGGAAGACAUUCCUUCUUGCUGGGAGAAAGAGAAAAAAGAGCAAAACGUCCAACUAUCUCAUCUCCAUAGACCCAACUGAUUUAUCUCGGGAAGGGGAGAGCUACAUUGGCAAACUCCGGUCCAAUCUCAUGGGAACCAAGUUUACAGUGUAUGACCAUGGAGUCAGUCCAACUAAGGCACAGGGCCUGGUGGAAAAGGCCCAUACUCGUCAGGAACUUGCAGCCAUCUGUUAUGAAACUAAUGUGCUUGGGUUUAAGGGUCCCAGAAAAAUGUCUGUGAUUAUUCCAGGGAUGAAUAUGAGUCAUGAACGUAUCCCAUUCCGGCCACGAAAUGAACAUGAGAACUUGCUUUCCAAAUGGCAAAAUAAAAACAUGGAAAAUGUGAUUGAGCUACACAACAAAGCCCCUGUCUGGAAUGAUGACACGCAGUCUUAUGUCUUAAAUUUCCAUGGCCGCGUCACUCAGGCAUCUGUGAAGAAUUUUCAGAUCGUCCAUGCAAAUGACCCUGAAUAUAUAGUCAUGCAGUUUGGACGUGUGGCAGAAGAUGUAUUCACACUGGACUACAACUAUCCCAUGUGCGCCCUCCAGGCCUUUGCUAUUGGGCUUUCCAGUUUUGAUAGCAAGCUAGCUUGUGAAUGAUAGAAGAUAAGUCUUAUCCCAAAUCUGUCUUUCAUUCCAUAAAGCUAAAUUUAGGGAGAAAAAAUCUCCCCUCCCCAGGUGUGAAAGAGAAGAGAAAAGUCAGCCAGCAUCUUUGGGAUUGAUUCUGGCAUACACAAAAAGCUAUUCACUGGUACUUCUAGGCCUGCCCAAGAAUGGCAGUCCAGUAUAGAUGAAAGAUUAUUCAGGCUGCAAAGAAAACUUUAUCUCAUGCACAUUAAUAAGGCUCACUUGUCCCAUGCCUCAAAGAUCAGUUUUUUCUAUGUGUGGAAUCUCUUACAUCUGGCAUCAGGUUCAGGUUAUGUCAGGUACUUGUGUAUUUUCAGAAGGGGACAGUUGUUUCCUAACAUGCUUUGCUCCACACUGGUAAACUCAUAGCUAAGACAUCUUUUCGACAACAGAGGAGGUUCUAUGAUUCAUGCCUGCGGUCCAGAGCUCGCACAUGGGAGGACUGAGUAUGUAUAAAAAGCCUCCUUCCCUGCUGUUGCUUCCUUCUGCCAUCCUGUAAAUUAAAUGACCAAGAUCAUGACACUUGUAUGUCCAUAGUAGCGUGUCCAUUGUAUCCACCUUCUGACUUGUUUGAGGGAUGAUAAUUUCCAAAGGAUGAUCUUCUGCCCAGACCACGGAAAGCCAAGAUGAUUGAUCAUGUAGACGAUUCACCAGUGGCUCAUCUGUGCUGAUUUACCCAGACUGGGUCCCGAGGGAAGAAGCAGCAUCCUUCAUUCUUCUCCAUCUUACAAAGAAGUGCCCUGCUUAGCCAGAAACUGUAUAAACUCUUGAAAAUUAUCCAGAAUAACAUCUGAUUGACUGUUGAGCUCCCUUUUGAGGAAGGGGAAGUACCUGCUUUCCAAAACUUGUUUAGUUUUUCCUUUAGGACCAGAAGUUCUAGAACUUAUCAGUGCAGAAACUCUCCCAAACUGGCUGAUCAGAUGGCACCAAUCCUAGGUGGAGAAGUGGCUAUCAGAUUUAUAAGCAAUGAAGUGAUAAAUUAGUGUCUUAAAUUUUUUUGUAAAGAUUAAAAUUCUUUUCUUUUCUGAAUGAUGCCAAUGGUGCCUUCCGGGCACAAGUGCUGGAGAUGGCUUCACCCAGGGGUUUAGGAGCUGCCCUUUUUUUCAACCCAGCAGUGCCUCCUGUACGUGGGUGUGGGGAAGCCAAUUACCUCUGGGAUGGAGUCUCUAGCAGGAAUUGUCUAUUGAAGCUUUCAGCUGUGAUGGGUGUUUAAAAAAAAUGGACAAAAAGUGGCAGCGAAAAGUUAUUGUCCCUGUGCAUUUUGGUGGCCCUAGAAAUAGCCAUCUUAUUAAUCCUACAACCCUCAGAUGGGCAGUUUGGCCUUUCCUGGCAUAAAUAUUGCUAGCACUCAGUGUCCUUUGUACACUUGCUCAGUGUCACCAAAGCCUUUGUAUUUUGGUACAACUUGCCCUUUCAUUGCUUUCACUCACAAAUCACAGUAUCUUUGACUUGUUCUUAUUUUUAGAAAAUUUCAAUCAAAUAAUAAUUUUUGCACCAAAAUCUCGGAAUUAGCUGACAGUGUAUUUCCCUGCCUCAGCCUUCUAAAGUUCUCACUUGGUCUUCUCUUCUAGUCAGAAAGCUAGAGUAGGAAAUUAAUCUGGGAGGGGAUCAAAGGACUUUAAAUUUAAUCCUCCUUUGACCAGCCCAGCCAAUCUUCCCUUUGUUAAUUUAUUUUCAUUUUAGGCCUGGCUCUUCCAGUCAAGUGCCUCUUCCUUAAGUGCUCCAAGGCCCUUUAGACCUAGGUGACUAACUUGUUGCCAGAUUUUAUAAACUAUUAGCAAAUUAAAGUUGUUUCCUUGUCUUCAGCUUAAGGAUAACAAAACCUGGAAGCUAGAAGCCAACCUCAAGGCUGUAAGUGUAAUGCUUCUACUUUUCUCUUUUGCUUUUUCUUUGAUCUUCAGAAGAUUCACCCAGCUCUAUUUGCUUUCUGCUUGAGUGUCUAGAGAGAGAUGCCUCCCAAGUCAACUCUGGUUUUACAUGAAUCAUGUUUAUAACUUUUGUAUGUUAUGUCAAUAAAAAUAAUUUAUACAAACA